CGUUGAGGCUGCCUGACUGGAAUGAGGGUAGCUGCGGCGACUGCGGCGGCGGGAGCGGGGCCGGCCAUGGCGGUGUGGACGCGGGCCACCAAAGCGGGGCUGGUGGAGCUGCUCCUGAGGGAGCGCUGGGUCCGGGUGGUGGCCGAACUGAGCGGGGAGAGCCUGAGCCUGACGGGCGACGCCGCGGCGGCUGAGGCCGAGCCCGCUUUGGGGCCGGCGGCGGCCGCCUUCAACGGCCUCCCGAACGGCGGCGGCGCCGGCGACUCGCUGCCGGGGAGCCCAAGCCGCGGCCUGGGCCCCCCAAGUCCGCCCGCGCCGCCGCGGGGCCCGGCGAGCGAGGCGGGAGCGUCGCCUCCCGUGCGCCGGGUGCGGGUGGUGAAGCAGGAGGCGGGCGGCCUGGGCAUCAGCAUCAAGGGUGGCCGCGAGAACCGGAUGCCGAUCCUCAUCUCCAAGAUCUUCCCGGGGCUGGCGGCGGACCAGAGCCGGGCACUGCGGCUGGGCGACGCCAUCCUGUCGGUCAACGGCACGGACCUGCGCCAGGCCACCCACGACCAGGCCGUGCAGGCGCUGAAGCGUGCGGGCAAGGAGGUGCUGCUGGAGGUCAAGUUCAUCCGAGAAGUCACACCAUAUAUCAAGAAGCCAUCAUUAGUGUCAGAUCUGCCAUGGGAAGGUGCAACUCCCCAGUCACCAAGCUUUAGUGGCAGUGAGGACUCUGGUUCUCCAAAACACCAAAACAGCACGAAGGACAGGAAGGUCAUCCCUCUCAAAAUGUGUUUUGCUGCUAGAAACCUAAGCAUGCCGGAUCUGGAGAACAGAUUGAUAGAGCUCCAUUCUCCUGAUAGCAGGAACACGUUGAUCCUACGCUGCAAGGAUACAGCCACAGCCCACUCCUGGUUCGUAGCUAUCCACACCAACAUAAUGGCUCUCCUCCCACAGGUGUUGGCUGAGCUCAAUGCCAUGCUUGGUGCAACUAGUACAGCAGGAGGCAGCAAGGAAGUCAAGCACAUUGCCUGGCUGGCAGAACAGGCAAAACUAGAUGGUGGAAGACAACAAUGGAGACCUGUUCUCAUGGCUGUGACUGAAAAGGAUUUGCUGCUUUAUGACUGUAUGCCAUGGACAAGGGAUGCCUGGGCAUCACCAUGUCACAACUACCCUCUUGUUGCCACAAGGUUGGUUCAUUCUGGCUCUGGAUGUCGAUCACCCUCACUUGGAUCUGACCUUACGUUCGCUACCAGGACAGGUUCUCGGCAGGGUAUCGAGAUGCAUCUCUUCAGGGUGGAGACACAUCGGGAUCUGUCCACCUGGACCCGGGUACUUGUUCAGGGCUGCCAUGCUGCUGCUGAGCUGAUCAAGGAAGUGUCUCUAGGCUGCACUUUAAAUGGCCAAGAGAUAAGACUUACUAUCCACUAUGAAAAUGGGUUCACCAUCUCCAGGGAAAAUGGAAGUUCUAGCAGCAUCUUGUACCGCUACCCCUUUGAAAGGCUGAAAAUGUCUGCAGACGAUGGCAUCAGAAAUCUGUAUCUGGAUUUUGGUGGUCCUGAGGGAGAACUGACCGUGGACCUGCACUCUUGUCCGAAGCCAAUUGUAUUUGUGUUACACACGUUCUUGUCGGCCAAAGUCACUCGCAUGGGACUGCUUGUAUGAGCAGCAAAAAGUCGGAAAAGAGUCUUGAAUGUCACAUGAAGUAUUUCCACCUCAAAAAAAAAAAAAAGCACAAUAAGAAAGCUCUUUGCUCUCUCCUCCAGCACAGUGCCUUGACAAGGACCUGCAAAUCACUGCUGACCAUAACCAUGUUCAAAGAAGAGCCUGCCUUUCACAAGCUACCUUGGCCAGAAAUUCUAGGACUCUAAUAAGCUCCAAAAUGAAGCUGUCGAUUUAUUGUCUAGUUUCCUCAUGUGGUUUCUAAGUAAUUCGGUUUAUUCCCCUUAUUAAGAAGGGUGGCUCAUUGUUUUUCUUUUUGGACAUAGUCAAAUGUCCAAGAGUUGUUUUCUUUGUCUUCUUCCUAUAGGAUUUAUUUCAGACUUAGCCUUGAUCUCUCAUUUACGACGACUAUCUCUUCCCAGGUGCUACUUUGCAGCAGCCCGUGCUUCUUGGUCAUUCCAAAUAGGUUGUACAUUUUGUUGCAUUUACUGUCCUUUCUUGCUCCUUCUACCCUACGAAGUCCUCACGUUGCAUCACCAAAGCGUUCUUCCAUUUGUCCUGGCUCUGGCGACAUCCCCCCACGUCCAUCCCCCUGCCCCCUGCCCUCACAAGUGCUACCUGUAGGACUUAGAACUUGCAAAGUUUGAUUUGCCUUGCCUUCUACUCCCUUUCUAGUGGUGACCAAGUUAAAAAGCAAGUUGGAAACUACUACUUUGAAAGAAAAGUUUUGCUUGUUUUAGGGUUUUCUGAUUUUAUCUUUGGUAGGAGCCAGGGGAUGUUAUAAGAUUUAUUUUAAAAGAAAAUCCUCAUUUUAGCCUAAGCUAUUUUUUACUGCUUAACCAAAUGUGCCUUUGGUUAGGGUUAGUGGAGCUUUAUUGGUCACUAUUCGAAUAACUGGACAUCACUGCCAUUCCAGGAAGAUCAUCUAUCCUACUUUGGAAGAAUAGUCUUUGAGGGGGAUUCCCUUAGUGGUAUCUUUUCUAGUGGGCAGAUAACUUGGAGGAAGAUAAAUGCUGGAGAGCAAGCUUGUUUAGAAUUUGUGGGUAAAGCUAGCUUUGCAGCACAAACAACACGUCGAGUUGCCUUUGACUCUGUGCACCCACAUAGGAUCCUGGGCCUGGCCUUCUCCCUCUGGCAGCAGAGUGGCAUGGACAAGCAGCUGCUAAUUCAAGACUCAGUGUUGGCUUAUUGAUGCAUCCCUGCAGCGCACAGGGUGACGAGACCAUGGGGCAGCUACCUGGGUUUCGCUCAGCAUUGCCAGAUGUCAUCAUUGGGUCAUAGUAGCAGUAAGUUUGCUGAUUUUUGUGGUGUCGGAGAACACAUUCAGCUUGUUAUUUCUAAUUAUGAAGGAGGUAUAUAUCUGAAAAACAUUUAAAAUAGUGUAAUAGCUAUAUAAAAUGUCAAAAUUAGCACGGUCCUGGAACUGAAAGGAAAGGUAAUAUUGGCUUGUGUGUUCUCUGUGCUCUCUGAAAAAAGAUCUCAGAAUAGGUCUCAUUUACUAGAUUUAUCAGGAGUGCCAUAAGAGGAUGUGAACACUACAGAGGGUGGAAGAGGGUAGCACUCCAAAUAGGAAAAUAAAACACAACAAUACAUGCAAAACAUGAGCUAUUUGUUUUGAGUGCAGACUGACACGUGGGACAUGUGACAGAGCAGACUCGUGAGCAGAGAGUUCUAGUCAGACAACAUUGUACCCCCGUUGUCUUCCCUCUGUCCAUCAGUCAGUCCUCCUCGGCUGUGUACAGUGAGGUUAACCAUGUGCAGAGGCCAGGGAGAGAUGUCUGUUUUCCCCCAGCUCCGGUCCCAAAAAUGAAUUGUCUGGUCCACUUAAAACGAAAUUGAAUCUAGACUAGAAUAUGCUUUUCAGGAGAUUUUAUGUUUUGAAAAUUCAUAUACCUAAAUUUGGUUCUGUCUGGAAAAGUUUGCAAGUCAUGGAAGAAAAAAAAAUAUCUUGAAGGUCCAGCUAUGAUUUCUGGAAGAAGAAUUUCAAUACAUAAUACCCUCAGAUAAGGGACUGUGACACUCUGCAGUGAGAGUAGUAUUAAUCUGAGAAGUUGAAUUAUGCAGUCACAGACGUUUGCAGCAAAGCCAUUUCGUUGAGAUUGUCUGUGUUAGUGUGAAAGGCUAAGCCACUUAAAAGAUUUUCAGGGGGAACUUUGAAUCCCCUCAUUAGUUAUAUGAAAAAGAUCUGUAAAAAAGGUGUGAUAAAAUGUGGGCGGGAGAGGUAAGGCGUGCGUGCAUUUCAGUUCAUUUUGCUCAAGCUUAAACUCAUGUAUAGAACCAAGGUCCGUAGGGUUUUUAAUGUCUUUUGAGUCUUCAUGUGGAAUGAACUUGUAUGAGAGGUUUCCUUUGACCACUGGCACCCCCAAGAGCAAGAGCCCUUCAGCUGCUCGUUUAACAUAUUUCAAGAGCUUUUCAAUCGCGGAACAACCAGGUUGUUCUUCAGUUAAUGUGUUUGUGGGAUUUUCAAACCACAAAUGAAGUACUUUUUAUAAAUGAGACAGCCUUGAUAAAUAUGGACAUAUUUUCAAUCCAUGGUUGGGAAUCUGUGCUUGAUGAGGGCUGACUAUAUGCAUUGCUCUGCGUCAUUGUACAUAAGGGACUUGAGCAUCCGUGGAUUUUGGUAUCCGUGGGGGUUCCUGGAGCCAGUCCCCCACGGACACCAAGGGAUGACUGUACUUAAGUUCUUGGGGAGUCAGAAGUUAAAUGAUUUUUCGACUGCGCAGGGAGUCGACAGCCUUUGUCCCCAUGUUGUUCAAGGGUCAACUUGUAUUUUGUAUUUAGAUGCCAAAAUAUGGCAAAUUAUUUUCAAAUGACAACUAAAAAUGGGCAUUUUUGAUAUUUUACGUCUUUUAUAGAACAGUUAACUUUUCAUUUCUUUUUCAUUUUGAAUUAGGAAAAUGGUUGAGUGUGUUGUGGGCUUCCAUGUGUAGAAUGUAAAGGAAUUGCAGAGUAGUGUCCCCUCAUUUCGAUGGACCACGUCCUGUGCCCCAAGACCUGGGGCUGAUAUCUUCUCCAUAUUCCACACAGAUGCCUCUAAAAAAAAAGGCUCAGUUAUUAUUUUUCUGAAAAAGGUAAGUCCUUUCCUGAAGUCAUCAAAUGAACCUUACCUGGAAAUUAGUAUCUAAUAUUUUAUAUGAAGAAAUACUUUAAUGUAUGUUUAUACAGUAUUUAUUAGAUAGUUGUAACUGUAAACUCACCUACCUAGUAGACAGAGUUUCAGGUUAAAUAUUGGGACACGUACAGGCAAUCAAAACUAUUACUUUAACUGUCAUUCACCUAUUUCAAAGCCAUGUAUUAGCACUUUUUAGGCAAGUAAACUCUAAUAGUGCCUGUUUUAUCAUCUGUAGAUUGAAAAUUAUUGCAUGGCAGGAGAGAUUGAAUUAUUUAUUUCUUAAUAUUUUUAUAAGUGGAAAAAUCUCUAACCAACAAAUGAUUAAAGUUGUUACUGAUUAUUUGUUUUCUUGACUUGUCCUCCUAAGCAGAAUGGUAACAGCUUUCUUUCAGCUGAUUAAAUGCACUUAGCUAAUAAACCAAAAUGUAUUCUUUCAAAAAAAAAUUAAGCUGUGUGGAAUCUGGACAAGAUUAUGUUUCUCCUCCCAAAAAAACAGGUUUCACUGUAAAUGGUUUUGAUGGACAAAAGUGUGACCACUUUUGAGAAAAGGUUAUGAUAGAAUUUUUUAUUUUUAAUUUUGUGAGAACCUCCAGGUCUUCUUGUUUAAUUUAUAUGCAUGUGGAUAUAUUUGUAUGUUUUCAAAAACAUGGAAGAAUCUCCAUAUUUUUUAAAGCGAAUUAUCUUGUAAGCUGCUAUGCAAAUUCUAUUAAAAGCCCUACCUACCUAAAGAAUUAAACCUUUUUGAAGCUUUCAGGGAAGACCUGUAGACUUAAGCACUUUCUCUGCUUUUUUUAAUCUUAUCUUGGACACUUAGGCUGAAUUAUGUUAUUUUCACUGGUUAUAAGCUAUUGAUUGUACAUAAUAUUUAAACCAUCCAAAUAUCCAGUACACAUUUCCAUGUCGCUGCCAUCCACUAGUGAUAACCAUGAAUGAAAUGGCUGGUUAGAAAGCCAAAGGUUGUAUUUUUUCAAUCCCUAAUGAAGAAGUAAAAUGCCAGAUCUCUUUGUUCUCAAUAACAUAGUGUUCUGGUCUGAUUUGAAUAUCUGUAUAAGAUUUGAAUAUCUGAAUAAAAAAAGAGACUUAAAUUUGGGAUGCUGCUUAAACUUUAAGUUGAAUUUGACUAUAGUCGUAUUCAUUCUGUUUAUAUAUCUUUAUCAGGUAUAUUAUGUGUCAGGUGGUAUUAUAUUCUACCUUGCAUUUGGAAAUUUCUUUUAGUUAAAUUUGAAUUGUUAUAAUGGCUCCUUUAAGAUGAAAGCAGAGGAAUUUGCCGUCUGUUGCCAUUCUCUCUGUGUCCCUAUUUUAAUUGCUUGGAAAUCUAGAAUUAUUUUGACUUUCCACAUACAGUCUUUAAAAAUCGACAGCAGCAGUCUUCCCCCUCCAUCUCCCCUUUUUAAGCUGUAUCUUUCACUGUGGUGGGUAUAUAGACACCCAAUAAAUGUGUGAUGAUAACAGUCCUAAAAUAAUUACGCUUUAUAUCAGGAUUAUGUUUUCUUGAGCAAUAUAGCUAUUCCUAUGGUAUAAUGAUAUCAAGUAAAACUUAUUUUAUACGUGUAAUAGACUACUUAAGUAGAUGAUUUGAAACCCUUCCUCUAAAAAAAUCCAUCUGGCAGUUAAAUGAUACAAGUUCAUCCUAUUAAAGGAUUGAAUUUCAAGUUAAGGUAAGGUACAAUAAAUAGGCACAUAAAGCACACGUCUGUGUCCUUGUCUGUUUGACACUACGUAGCUAAACUGCCAACUGGAAGAAUGAUUGUUAUAUAUUAACUUGAAAAAAUAUUUUAACGUAUUCUAUUGUUUCAAAACUGAUAAACUUGAACUUAAUCUCUUGCCAUUUCUUAUUCUUCCUUUCCACUUCAGGUGACUGAACCAAAACAUAUUCUGGUUUUUAAAAUGAAUCAAGGGGCAGCUGGUUAGCUCAGUUGGUUAGAGCAUGAUGCUCAUAACACCAGGGUUGCCCGUUCGACCCCGCAUGGGCCACUGUGAGCUGUGCCCUCCACAACUAGAUUGAAACAACUACCUGACUUGGAGAUGAUGGGUCCUGGAAAGAUAGACUUAAAAAAAUAAAUAGGAGUUUAAAAAAAGAAAAAAAAAGAAUCUACAUUUGAGGUAAUGCCUAAAUAAGCCAUUUGCAAAUGAUUGCUUGCUCUCUAAUGAUCAUUUGGUUAUAUUCAAAACCUACCAUAUGAACUGUAAUCCUUAAAUUGUCCCUAAGUAGAUUGGUUGAAACUAAAAAGCUAUAACAGAGAAAUGAUACUUCAUUGUAUUGUGAGAUUAGGUAUCCUGAUAGAUUCUAACUUCUGAGUCCUCUACGUACCUUAGUCAGUUUCAUAGUAAUCUUAACCUCCAUCCCAUUGACACAAAUGCUUUUUAGUUUUUGAGUCCAUUUUUAUCCCAGUCACAUACACACCCUUGGAACUUGACCCUUCUCUCACCUCUUCCAAAGUGAUGGAAGUCUCUUAUGAAUAGACAAAAGGUUCUUUGGAGGCUUGGAGAAAUUUUGAAAUUGCAGGACUAAUUAAUGAUAUAUUAAUUUUUACAGUCUUUCAUCAAAUAAGCAUUUAUUCAUGUACAGUUCUUCACAGGCACUCUGAAGAGUCCAAAAGAAAGUUCUUGCCCUCAAGUAGCGCAUAAUCCAUUACUUCUCAAUCAUGCCAUGCCAUCUAUCAAUCAGAGGUUAAGUAACCACUUCAUAGUUUUACCAAAGUACACCUGAAGUUCUGCUCAUCGGGCAAACUGCAAAAUGUUUAAAAGGUUGCUCGGUCUUUGGUCCAUGCCAGCAUGAAAGAACUCCAAGAAUAUUUAAGUAGAUUGGUCUUUUCAUCAUAAUUUUUUUAAUGCAAAAUUGAGACUAGUUUGGGAAGGAGAACAGUAUAGAAUAUCCGUAGUAAGAUAAAGAACAACAAUUAUGCUCUAUUGCCCAAAGUGGAUCAAUGGAAAAGUUUUUUUUAAAGAAGUGCUGCUUUCAACUAUAAACAGCAAAGCUAAAUGUAUAUUUCGUCUACUCCCUUCCCUCCCCCCCCCACUUCUAAAUUGUGCUGACCCAUUCAUUCCCACAUUUAAACCUUUAAACAUCUCAUUUGCUGGAAAUCCUGACACAUGAUAGAUGGAGUGUUUCUUCAUAAUGAGAGAUCAAAAUGAAGAUAUUUAAAACUUAGUAAAAUUUCACUUAUUCCAGAACACUCUGACAUUCAAACUCAGUAAAAAGGACACCUAAAGAAAAUGAAAGGUUGAUUGAAUUUUUCUGUACUUUUCAUACAAUAACAGUCCUUUUCUAUCCAGCUUGCCUUCCAUUUAUCACUAGGGUCAGCCUUUCAGGUGACAUCCGUCAUUAUGCCCAGAAAGUACCUGAGCUAUGUGAUUGGAAUGGCAGAGGGAACAGAAUCUCAUGGGCUCCUUCCCCUUUGUUUUCUAGAGUCCUGGAGUUGUGUGCCCAAGUUAGGUCAUGCCUCCAGUGUCUUGCUCUUUAAACCUACCCUUUGACAAUCAGGUGCUAAUGAUUAUAUAUUAGAACCAGCACAUAAGUAUUGUCAUGUAAGUGUCUGUUCCUUCUAGGUUGGAAGAAGUGCUCUCCUUUUAUCUCAGUCCUGUUCAAUUGGGUGUGAGUUACAUUUUUUCACCUCUGUUUUGUAAAUUAAUAGAAUUUGGGGGAAAGGAUAGGAUUAAAACUAAGUUUUGGGUUUGGCACAAUCAUCCAUCUUGAUGAUGCUUUUCCCAACUUGCAGCAAAUCUGCCCUUAUCAUAAGAACCAGUUUCAUUUUUAUCCCCCUCCAAUAUAGGACUCCAGUGUUGUGUUUACAGUCUGUCGAAUAGGUUCAGCGUGAUAAGACCUUGGUGCUCAAAGAAUUGUUUCCCUUUUGGUAUCAGACCCAAGGUCUUUUAGAAGAUAGAUAAUGUGGCAAACCACUACUUAUGAAGGCCUAUUUUGGCUAAUCUGUGCAAACUUUGACUAUACCCACUUGUUUGUAUUCUGUCCCAUGCAGUUUUCAUUUUUGUUAAGUAUUAAGACUUAGAAAGCUAGAAUAAUACUUCUACAAAGAAUUAAAAGUAUGUGAUGAUCAGUUUUUUCCUUCUUUUUAGAACCUAGUAUUUAAACAAGACUUUAAGUAUUGUGUAAAAUUUAAGUUCCAAAUCUUCUGGCAUUACCAGACUACCAAAUCAAAACCCAUGGCAUAAAACAGGGCAGUACUUAUGUUCUUAAAAAAAAAAAAAAGCUUUAUGUAUGUGUACUCUAUAAAUACAGAUGCAUAGACAACACUUUCCCUUGAGUUGCAUGUCAACAUAUAGCAUUGUAUAUUACAAUGAAAAUUUGUAACUUAAGGGUAUUAUAUAUAAAUACAUAUAUACCUUUGUAACCUUUAUACUGUAAAUAAAAAAAUUGCUUUUAGACUUGUAAUUUUUCAUUUUUUUAUGUUAAAGUAGUUUCAAACCUACAGUAAAGUUUUAAGAACAGUACAAAGAACUCCUACUUUCCCUUUACCCAAAUUUCCCAAUUGUUAACUUUUUACCACAUUGGUUCCAUUACCCUCUCUUGUCUUUUUCUGACAUGAUGCUGUCUCAGCCCUGAACUCUCCAGUGUGUACCUGCCAAACACAAGGACGCUGCCCUGCCACCAUACAGCUCUCCCAAUUAGGAAACCAGCAUUCGUACCACACUACCACCCCAUCCAUCCACAUACCCAUUCAAAUGGUACCAACGGUCCCAACAAUGUUUUUUUCCUUUCUGGCACGAGAUCCUAGCCAGUAUCACAUGUCGCAUUUGGUUGUCAUGUCUCAUCAGUCUCUUCUGGUGCCAUUUUAAAGCAGAUUUCGGGCAACUCCAAACUGAAAAACUCAGUUUUGGUUCUAGUUCCACCAGUGACUUGAUGUAUGAUGAGAGCUUUAUCAUACUUUGAAUCACACAGAGGAGUGAGAGCGGAGAUGGUUUCUUAGGAAUCGUAUUAGGAAUCAUCAGUGUUCCGUUAACUUGGGUGUCAGUCACUCAUUUUGCAUGACCUCGGCAAAAUUUGGUCCUGGCCCUGCCUCUCCAAAGUGUUACUCAGUGAACCUAAUUUUUGUUCCUCCUCUUCCACACUGUCUUGGCCCCAUCCAGGGUUCCUUAAGAAACUGUCAGGAACCUACUCCUUGGCACGAGCUCUAGAACGCUGGAAUUCAUAUAUUCUGGUUUUAUUAGGUUUUAUUAGCUAAGCAGUUGAUUGACUGGUCCAAGCUUGCGUUUACAAGAAGUGCCAAAUUCUCAGUAUCAGAAUCCAAUCUAGAAAAGUGCUGUGCAAGAAAGGGCAAAGAGAAUUCUGCAUUUGCAAGUCAAUAACUUUCUAGCUAAAGUGUGGGAGCUGAGAAUCUGAUUUCUGCUUUGUGAGACAUUUAGAACAUGAAGUUACUGAUCUGAUUCAGAAUCAUCGAGCCUAAACAUACCCCAUGUGCCAGCCCACAAAUAACUUAGUGCCACUAUUCCCCCUUCCUUUUUAUUCCCCCAUCCCCAGAAAUGGCAACACCACUGCAGAACUAAGGGGUUCUCAAAGACUGUUUUCAAGCCAUUGUCUAAGGAGAAAGUCAACAAUGGAUGACCAAGUGAAAGGGGAGGAGAUCCCAUUUCCUGCCAUCAAAAGCAGCUACUCAGGACAGAGCUUCCUCUGUGGGGGGGAGCGUCCUCUGGGAAGCUCUGCCUGAUAAGCAGGGUGAUUGUAUCUGGAUGGCAGGUACAUGAAACACAGAAGCUAAGCAAGAGGUCCAAGAAAGCUGAGUAGGCAGAACAAAGAGAAGAUGAACACCGCCAGUGGAUCACAAACCCAGCCCUUGCUAUGGGCUGAAUUGUGCCCUGCCAAAAUUCAUAUACUGAGCCCACCCCCAGCACCUCAGACGUGACUGUAUUUGGAGAAAGGGCCUUUGAAGAGGUGAUUCAGCAGACCCUGUGAGGACACAGCAGAAGCGUGGCCAUGGGAGAGCCAAGGAAAGAGUUCUCAGAAGAAACCAACACUGCUAAAUACCUUGAUCUUGGACUUCUAGCCUCCAGAACUGUGAGAAAAUACAUUUCUAUUGUUUAAAGCCACCCAUCUACAGUAUUUUGUUAUGGCAGCCCUGGCAAAUGAAUACAGCCCUCUUCUAAUUGUAGAGACUUUUCAUUUUAAUUCCGUCUUCCAACUUGCACGGCCCAUCUAAUAUGUGGGGUUAAGAUGUUCUCAAAUUCUCUGCCUCACUCUCAUCCACCAGUUAGAGUCCCUGUCUUUCAUUUGCUCAUUUAUUAAUUCUUAAUUAUUAAUGCUCCCAGCAGAUAGUAAAUGAGUACCUAUCUUGUGCCAGUCCCCUGGAAAAGACCCAACCCCGUCCUCUCAGUAAUGCAAAAGGACAGUGACUGCCAGGUGCCAUAGCAGCAAAUGAGUCUCCCCAUUCAGUUCUGUCAGUGUCUGAAAGAGCAGAGUGUUCAGGGUAGAAGAGAAGCCGUGACUUGGACGGUGUGGACGGUGUGUGCCUCCCCUUCUUACCCAGACUCAUCAAAGGCCGUAUCCUGCCACUCCUGUCAUUAUCCUGACUCGCAUCCACAGGGACGCUCAGUACCCUGGCCUUUUGGUUCCCGAUCUCCCAUGUCCGAUGACGGCCCUUCACACCCUCUCACCAUUUUCCUGCUCCCUUGGUCACCCCCCUAGACUGCAUUAUUGCUGAAACAGCCAUUUCCGAAAUCAGUACCUGAAGCAUCCCUUUCCAGCAUUCUCUCACUGUGACUAUCCUUUAACCUUUUAGGUCCUCAGUUAAUCCACUGACUCUUCUCUCUAUUCACCUCCCACCUUACCUGGCUGCGAUUCCAUAGCCAGCCAUUGUAGUACAACACUAGCUAAGCUUGUGAAUUCCUUGCUGCUCUAUUUUCAUAGGAGCCACCUGGGUGAAUCCCGCCAUCUCCCUGCACAUGAAUAGCUGAGUACUGGGGAGAAAAGUCCAAGGCAAAUUGGUACCUCUAUACAUUUAUAGAGGUUGCCAGCUUUUACCAGGUUUGCCCUUAACACUGAUCACUGUUGGUUCACUUGAAAUGAUUUUAAACUAUCUUUACUUUCCCCAAAUUCCAGGCCUCCCAACUCCUCCCUCUGCAGCUUCUAAUUCACUGAGAAAACAGAAGCCACCCAAAGGUAUUCUCCUAACUUGUUGUUACCAUCCUUCCCUCACUCCUUCUAUAAUGCCUAAAGCCAGUCCUGCCUAUGCUUUGAUCCCAUUCCCAUUAGUUAGUCUUCUUUACUAAAUUCUUCCUAUCGGUUUUCCAAACAUGUUCAACUCUUCUCACAUUAACAACCAUCAAAAACUCCUUUCUGGACCCCACAACUGCAGCUAUUGCUGUAGGCCUCCCUUUCUUUUCCCCAAACUUCUUGAAAGAGUUGUGCCUUCCCAUGGACUGUAUUUCCUCAUGACCCGCUCACAGCCGGCCCACUGCAGUGUGGCUUCUGCCUCCAUCACUUACCGAAACAUCUCUGGCCGAGGUUGUCAGCUAACCCACAGCUCUCUUGCCACCUCCUCUGACUUCCAGGACACUCUUCUGGCUAUCCUACCUCUCCAGCUCUUUCUGAGCUUUUGCAGGCUCAUCCUCCUCUGGUCAGCCAACAAACCUCCAAGCUCUGUCCUAAACUCUCACCCUACACUCUCCUCUCCCCUUGGAGAUCUUAUUUGCACAGCUUCCAUUCCCAUCUAUACCCAGAUGUCUCCCAGUUGUGCAUCUCCUGCCCUCAUCUUUCUUCUGACUUCCAGACGCGUACAUGUGACAUUUGACAUUUCAAAGGCAACUCAAACUCAUGCUGUUCCUUACUCAUCCACAUGCCAAAACAUGGUCUUCGUCCAGUAUUCCCCAUCUCAGUAGCACCACCAUUGGUCCAGGUGGUGAAGCCAGCAACCCAGACUCAUCUCUGUCCCCUCCUGCCCCUCACCAUACCUUAUAU